GCCUAACUCUUUCCGCCGUAGCAAGGAACUUGCUGAAAUCAAAGAUGGCUGACUGUAAGAGAAUGAAAAUAAACUUCUAGAAAAACAGAUUAAUGCUGUGGGUUACUUUCCUUUGGUCGACAAUAGAUUCGGUUAAUCCGGCACGCGGAUAUUUCUACAAUUAAACGCGCAAACGUAUGUGCUUAACUAUUUCUAAGCCAGUCUUUCGAAGCGAGCGGACUGGACCAGUACUUGGCUUUCCAGCGUUACCUAACUUGCUCAAGCCAUUUCUUUAGCUUGUUGCUAGCUACUUAUUCAUACGACUCGUCCGUACAGGUGGAAGAGCUAGGUACCAUCCAGUAAACUUUAAAGUCCUUAUGACCCCUAGCAUAGCUAAGGAGCUGUUUAUAUGACAGUGAUAUUUUGCUGGCGAUCUGCUUAUAGAAGCUAGUUGGAUUCGUUAUAAGAGUGAUAGUGAAACAUUAAGCAGUUGCAGUGAGUACGACGUGGGAUUCGGGUGGGGUCGUUCGUUGUUUAGCUGGCUAGCAAGCUCGCUGGUUGGUGUUGGCGAAGCCAAGGAAACAGUUGAAAACGGAAAAAAAAGACAUUCUGGAUCUUACAAAUUCAACUGGAUUCUAUUUUAAGCUUUGAAGAACAACAACAGACAGCAUGGACAGGAAACGAAGCAGCGGGAAGGCUGGUCAAAGCAGCAGCAGUAGCAGCAGCAGCGGCGGCGAGUCAAGCGGCAACAGCCCCGGCUCGCCUGCUAGUCCAUUGGACGCCGGGAAAGCUACUGGAGGCAACGUAUUUGCGAACGACGGCAGCUUUAUGGAAAUGUUUAAGAAAAAAAUGGAAGAAGAGAGAAGGAAAAAGGAGAUGGAGCAAGGACAGAGCGAUACGAACACUACGGAGGAGGGGCAGUCUACACAGGAAAAGAAGACUAUUAGCGUGACCAGCUUUGUGGGCAAGCGGAGAGGCGGCGCCAAGUUAGCCCUCAAGACUGGGAUGGUUGCCAAGAAACAAAAACUGGAUCCCGAGGUUGAGGCUGGUAAAGGAGACGCUUGGACUAAGUACAUGGCGGAGGUUAAAAAAUACAAGGCCCACCAGUGUGGUGACGAUGACAAAACCAGGCCGCUGGUGAAAUAGACUCGCGUCUCCUUCCCGCCCUUUUUGAGGGAUACCGCCAUGUUCGCCCCGCCCACUGCCCCAAACGGUACCCCUGCACAGGGAGUGGGGGUGGGGAGCACCACUGACUCUUCCUUUUAAAAUGUCUGGCUUUCACCUCUCCUUGCAAAACUAAGGAAUGGACGGGCUUACAAAGUCUUUCCUGUGCGUCUCACCAAGCGUAGAUCCUGGGUGUUUAUUUUCAGUUAAAUCGAAAGUUGUUUUUGUAUUUUCGAAACAGUCGUUUGUGUAUUUUAGCUUUUGAUGUUGGUGCAGCCAUAGCUGAACUUGAGUUUAAUGACACAAAAAUACAACUUAAAUUUUAUUUUCUCUUUACCAUGUAGUGUUAAUUGGUUGUCCGCAUAAUUGUAGAAUCUGUGUUGUGUCUUGCUCAGUUGACGUUUUUACUAUUUUUGUUUAGAUCUGAUAAAUGGUGUAACCCAAAUCAUUGUGAAGUAAAAACCCCCCCCCAAAAA